GGGACAAGGUGGUGCUGCAGCGCCCAGCCGCCGGGGCGCUGACUGUUCUGGGCUCACGAAACUUUGCGCGGAGCGUGGGCUUGACUAGGCAGAGCCAAGCCAGCCGGCUGGCCUCGGAAGAGGCGAACAAAGGGUGCAGGAAAGACGGACCCUUGCAGGACCCCGGGUCUCUAGCCCCGGCGCUCCCAAGGCUGGGGUGCAGCCGCAGAAGGGAGCUGUCCCUUUAGCACCACUGUAGCAGGGGCAACAGGCGGGGAGCUGUCCGUUCAGCACCACGGAGGCCGGGCAACAGGCAGGGAGCUGUCCGUUCAGCACCACGGACCUCUGCCCUCUGAGGAAGGCGCUCGGCCCCCCGCCCCGGGACAGUCUUUUCUCCAGUUUGAGCGGGGGUGUCAGGAGCAGGCGGAGAGCUUUCCUGGGAGGCUGGGGAAGCAGUGAGCACUCUUCUCAGCGACUCGCCUCCCAGCAGUGCUAUUUUUUGCCAUCCGCCCUCACCCCCAGCACACGCGCUCUCACAUACACGCACGCACGCACACACACACGCGCACAGACCUCUCUGGAUGUCUUUGCCUUGAGUCUCCUGGGGCUGUGAGGAGCCAGGCGUAUCUCAAACCAAGCUGACAGCCCCAGGCUCUGGAGCCAUGCCCUGCACGGACCCUCGUCCUUACCAAGCUCCUGAGGAAUGAAAGGAACCCGGGGACCCUCAGAAGGCAGCAGUGAUGUGGACCAACCCCCUGGAGCCCGCACGCUUCAGAGGGCCAUAGGCGACCCAGGGAACUGGAGAGAGCUCCAGACAGGAAAUCCCAGCUUUCCCCAAAGUCCCUGUGGAUACCAACAAAAGGAGACACGAAUUUUUGGAAGAGCCUGCUCUAGGUGAACCAGCGGCAGAGUGAUUUUCCCCUCUGGCACUGAGUCUCCCCUUCAACCCCCAGCCGUCCAGAGUACCAUGAAGAAUUAUGAGGAUGUGUGACAGAGGUAUCCAGAUGUUGAUCACCACUGUGGGAGCCUUCGCAGCUUUUAGUUUAAUGACCAUUGCAGUGGGCACGGACUACUGGUUAUAUUCCAGAGGUGUGUGCAGGACUAAAUCUACAAGUGAUAAUGAAACCAGCAGGAAGAAUGAAGAAGUAAUGACCCAUUCGGGGCUGUGGAGGACCUGCUGCCUAGAAGGGGCUUUCCGAGGCGUGUGCAAGAAAAUCGAUCACUUUCCUGAAGAUGCUGACUACGAACAGGAUACGGCUGAGUACCUCCUGCGGGCCGUGAGGGCCUCCAGCGUCUUCCCCAUCCUCAGCGUCACGCUGCUGUUCUUCGGCGGGCUCUGCGUGGCGGCCAGCGAGUUCCACCGCAGCAGACACAACGUCAUUCUGAGCGCCGGCAUCUUUUUUGUCUCUGCAGGGUUAAGCAACAUCAUCGGCAUCAUAGUGUAUAUAUCGGCCAACGCCGGAGACCCCGGGCAGCGCGACUCCAAGAAAAGCUACUCCUACGGCUGGUCCUUUUACUUCGGAGCCUUCUCCUUCAUCAUCGCGGAGAUCGUGGGCGUGGUCGCCGUGCACAUCUACAUAGAGAAACAUCAGCAGCUCCGCGCCAAGUCCCACUCGGAGCUCCUGAAGAAAUCCACCUUCGCCCGCCUCCCGCCUUACAGGUACAGAUUCCGGCGGCGGUCAAGUUCCCGCUCCACGGAGCCCCGCUCGCGAGAUCUGUCCCCCAUUAGCAAAGGUUUCCACACCAUCCCCUCCACCGACAUAUCCAUGUUCACCCUCUCCCGGGACCCCUCCAAGAUCACCAUGGGGACCCUCCUCAACUCCGACCGGGACCAUGCUUUUCUACAGUUCCACAACUCCACGCCCAAAGAGUUCAAAGAGUCGCUGCACAACAAUCCCAACAGGCGCACCACGCCCGUCUGAACUGACCUCUGACCUCUGACCUCUGCCCCGUCCUGCCUCGGGAGGCGCGCACGCGCGUGCGUGCGUGCGUGCGCAGAGAUGUCGCUGAGGUUGCAUGGCAUGGUCCUCGUGAUGGUAUUAAUUUUUUUUUGCAAAGAAUGAAACCAAAUGGACUCAGCCCUCGCCCGCCUGGGCCCCUGGCCCUCCAGGUCCUGGCCCCUCCAUGCCUCUCUCACUCCUCGGACCCAGCCCUUCGUGUCGACCCCCUCUCUCUGUGUAUCUGUGCCACAUGUCCCCCCCGCCCCCCACCUCUUCCUUCUGUGCCGGGAGGACCUCCGCAUUCCCCCCUCCCUGGGAGAGGACCCUACUCCGAGGCAUGGGUCGGCGGCCGGGUUGGGGGCGAGGGGGAUUUCUGAAUCCCCAUCAGGUGCGUGCAUAGCUGUCCUCAUCGUCCACUCCCACAAAUCCUCAGGAAACCAACCGCCCAGGAGGCCCUGAGGGAGGCGUUCACCUUUCCAUGUUAGACAAACAUGACCAGAAAUCAAAGAUGUCAGAGCCCCCGAAGCAGCUAAUGUAAUAAGCACUUAUGUUAUUAAAGGUUCUGCCUUGUUGUAACCAACCGA